GAUAUUUGUGCCUCGCUGACCUAAAAUCCUAAAACCCUAACUCCAUAAAGCUCGUCGUUCGACUUCGACAGCUCUACCUCUGUCGCAUCUCUGAUUCGUGACUCCUCAACUCCGCCUCCUCUGGCUUCGUCUCCGUCACCACGCCAUCAGGUCGCCGGAGAAAUGCUGCUGAGCAGAUUUUGCAAGACUUGCAAAAUAAUGCCGGCACUUGGCUUCAAGUCAUGCAUAUUUUACAAAACGCUCAAAAUCUGAAUACUAGAAGUUCUUUGCCUUGUAGGUUCUCGAAGGUGUGAUUAAAUACCGAUGGAAUGCUCUCCCUGUUCAUUCAGCGAGAUUGAAUGAAUAAUUUUAUUUCUGAUAUUAUUUUAAAGGUUUUUGAAUGUGACAAAAAUAAAUUAAGAAAGGCAUAAUCAAUAUGCAAUGCCUCUGGAUGGUCGGUUAGUGUGAUUACCUGGAGUUACCCUGGAAUCGAUUCCAACUUCUAAGUGAACCAAUCUCAACCUCACGGAUGUUGCUGAGGUCUCUCUCAUUUGCAUCGCUAUCCAGGUACUACCUUUGUGUCUCAAUUGCUCGCUUUUGCUCCGCGAACCGCAAUUUGCACCAUGAUGUUGAAUCAGUAUUCCGUAUUAUCACUUCCUCUUCAUCUCCUGAAGACCUCAAGCAAUCUUUGAAAUCAAGUGGAGUUUUCCUCUCCAAUGAUUUAGUCGAUGCAGUUUUGAAAAGGGUCAGAUUUAGUCAUUCCAACCCCUUGCAAGCUUUGGAAUUUUUCUGGUAUACCGGCAAUAGACGAGGGUUUUUUCACUCUGCUUUUUCCCUCGAUACUAUGCUUUAUAUUUUAGGACGAAGCCGUAUGUUUGGCCACAUUUGGGACUUAUUGCGUGAAGUGCGACGGAAAGAUCAAUCCAUAAUAACCCCUCGCACCCUUAUGGUUGUCUUAGCUAGAAUAGCUAAGGUGUGCUCAGUGAGGGAGACCGUGGAAUCAUUUAGGAGGUUUAGAAAGUUUGUUCCUGAAUUCGAUACGACCUGUUUCAAUUCUUUGUUGAGAACCUUGUGCCAAGAGAAGAGUAUGAAGGAUGCCAGAAAUGUUUAUCAUGGUUUAAAGUAUGAUUUCCGGCCAAACUUGCAAAGCUUUAAUAUACUUUUGUCAGGGUGGAAAUCCACAGAGGAAGCUGAGGGAUUCUUUAAGGAAAUGAGAGCAAUGGGGGUAGAACCUGAUAUUGUAUCAUAUAAUUGUUUGGUUGAUGUCUACUGUAAAGGGAAGGAAAUGGAGAAGGCCUAUAAGAUGGUUGAUGAAAUGCGAGAUAAGGAUAUACUACCUGAUGUAAUCACAUAUACUUCUAUCAUCGGGGGAUUGGGCUUGAUAGCUCAGCCAGAUAAAGCUAGAGAUGUUUUAAAAGAGAUGAAGGAGUAUGGGUGUUAUCCUGAUGUUGCGGCAUAUAAUGCAGCCAUAAGGAAUUUUUGCAUUGCAAAGAGGCUUCGUGAUGCUCACAGCUUGAUGGAUGACAUGGUGAAAGAAGGUCUAAGUCCAAAUGCAACUACUUACAAUUUAUUCUUUAGGGUUUAUUACUGGUCAAAUGAUUUGCAGAGUUCCUGGAAUCUGUACGGAACGAUGAUCGGAACUGGAUGCUUGCCAAACACACAAUCUUGCAUGUUCUUGAUAAGGUUGUUUAGGAAGCAGGAAAAGGUUGAGAUGGCACUGCACCUAUGGAGCGACAUGAUGGAAAGGGGUUUCGGGUCCUAUACUUUGGUUUCUGAUGUACUAUUUGACUUGCUCUGUGACAUGGGCAAGUUAAUGGAAGCGGAGAAAUGUUUCUUGGAGAUGAUUGAGAAAGGUCAGAAGCCAAGCAACGUUUCUUUCAAGAGAAUCAAGGUUUUAAUGGAGCUAGCAAAUAAGCAUGAGGCUAUUCUGAACUUGUCACGGAAAAUGGCCAUGUUUGCACGUCCAAUCCAAGUUCAAUGAAGUAUAUAGAGCGACUUGAGACAUCAAAAUUAGAACAUGGUUGUCAAAGGGAUGCUUCUCGGGGUUGUUUCUCUGACAACGUAAUUGGUACCAUUAUAACAUAGUACCAACAUGCUAUCAUCGUAUUUCGGACUUGUGGUUGCAGAAGGAAAGAUGUCAAGACCUGAGACCUCUAGGUGCCCAAGUGGCUGGAAACAUAAAGAAGGUGAAAUUUAUUCAAGCCAAAUGGGAAAUGCACAUCAAGCAGGCUAAAGCCGGAGCAGAAUCAGAAAAUAAAUUAGGACACAAGACCACUAGGACAGGAAACAUAUACUUCUGAGAUAUGAAAUAUGCCUUUUGCAAUAUGCUCUCGAACUAUAAGAUUCAAGAAAUAUCUCUUCGAUUAUUCUAAAGUUGUUCGGUGUGUGGUAGGUCAGUUUCGGGAGCAGGACAACGGCUUCCUAAAUUGAAGAAAUAUGUUCGUUUCAAGUUGAGCCAGAGUAUCAGGAUCUUGUGUUGUAGGCAAUGGUGCUUUGCUAAAGCUUCCAUUUCUAUUUGCUUGUACGUUCUUCAGAACGCAUGAAGUUUGGAUACCCAAACUUCUGCAGAGAUCUGUGAUACGUAUGUGGAAACCCUGGAUUGACUGACAUGAUUGUAGUUCUUCAACGUUAAUUCAAAUUCUUGUCUAUCCAAUGCAGAAAGAUCAAGUUAUGCAAUUACCAGAAUUUAUCAAA